ACCAGUGUUGGUUAUGGUUUUGGAGAAGGAAAAUGCUGUUGGUGAUUGGCGUGCUAUAAUUGGCCCAACUGAUGCGAGUGCAGCAAAGAUUACUGAUCCUCACAGCAUCAGGGCAAUGUGUGGGGUGACUUUAGAGAAGAACUGUGUACAUGGGUCAGAUUCUUUGCAGUCAGCUCAACGAGAGAUUGCAUUCUUCUUCGACGAGAAGUCUUCAGUUAGAGUAGUUACUGAACAUGAUGAACUGUAGCUGGUGAAAACUCAAAGCAGAACUCUAAACUUGACCUCGUUGAGAAGCCUCUUCAACAUCUGCAGUUCUCCACUCCGUGUCUUAAGAGGAAAAACUGCUGUACCAAUUCUUUGAUUACAGUUUGGGGCAUCUCUUGUGAAAUGCCAGCCAUCUAAUGUAUAUUAUUUCGGUUAUAGAUAGUCAAUCAAGUGC